AUGGCUAGAUUCGCAACCACGCAGAUCGUGUCGGCUACUACCGGCUCCCUGGCGAAGGACAUCACGUUCCCGUCGGGCGCUAAAGACACCAUCUCGGCGGUCCGCUUCUCGCCAGUGUCUCAUCACCUGGCGGCGGCGUCGUGGGAUGGCAACGUCUACAUCUACGAUGCUGCCAACUCGAGCAGCAUCAAGGGUGUCGCCAUGGUCGAGGGCCAGUCCCCCGUCCUAGACUGCCAUUUCAGCAAGGACGGAGCCAUGGUUGCUUCAGCUGGCGCCGACAAGAAGAUACACGUCUACGACAUCGCCUCGGGCCAGAGAAUGGACUUUGACGGCCACGAGGGCCCUGUCCGCUGCCUGCGCUUCGUCGAUGUCCCCUCGGCCAACGGCCUCAUCAUCGCCUCGGGCUCCUGGGACAAGACGGUCAUGUACUGGGAUCUGCGCCAGCCCCAGUCCAUCGCCACUCUGCAGUGCGACGAGCGCGUCUACUCCAUGGACUCCGCCGGUGCGCUGCUCGCCAUCGCCAUUGCCGGCUGCAAGGUCCAUCUCGUCGAUCUCCGCACCAACCCCGGCGUCCAUUCACAAACUCUUGACUCGCCCCUCACACACCAAACCCGAUCCGUUGCUGUCAGCCCCGACGGCUCGCGCUGGGCCAUUGGCGGUGUCGAAGGGAGAGCUGGAGUAAGAGUUCUUGCCGAGCAGGACAAUAAACUCAACAUCACGUGGCGCUGCCACCGUGAUGCCCCCGUCACAACAACUGGCAAGAACAAGGAAGUAAAGGUCUUUGCCGUCAACGACGUGACCUUUCACCCCAUCAACAACAACCUGCUCGCCACCGCCGGAUCUGACGGCACCUUCACCUUCUGGGACAUCAAGUCUCAAUCGAGAGUUAAGCAGUUUCCUAACGUCGGCGGUUCCAUCACGUCGGUUGCGUUCAACCACAACGCCUCUGCUUUCGCCUACGCCGUCGGCUACGACUGGUCCAAGGGCUACUUGCACAACUCGCCCGACUAUCCCACGAAGCUGAUGCUGCACACCGUAUCGCCAGACGAGCUGCGGAAGUGA